AUGGGAAGUAGAUUAUCUGCUGUAAUAGAUACAGUAUAUAAUUCAAAACGACGAGAAUUUCUUGGUAGAGAUGGAGCUCGAUGGGGAAAAUUAGGCAUAUUUUAUUUUUUUUUCUACCUUGGUUUGGGUGCAUUUUUUUGUACAAUGUUAGCUGUAUUUAUGGCAUUAACACCACGAGAUCGUCCACGUUAUCAUGCAAAAACAUCAUGUAUGCGUACUCGUUCAAUACCUCUAUCACCUGGUUUAGGUUUUCGACCACAAUUAGAUAUAGAAAAAAAUCUUAUUUUAAUUGAUAAAAAUGCUUUUAGAAUUGGAUUAGAUCCUUAUGUUAAAAGUCUUAAUCAAUAUUUGCGAGUUUACUAUUGGAAACAUGAUAAUAUUGGAUUUAAUCAAACAAAAACAUUUAAAAUUUCUAAUCCCGGUGAUUGUACAUCUCAAAAUCAAUAUGGAUAUUCUAAUGGAAAACCAUGUAUACUUGUUAAAAUGAAUAAAAUUGUUGGUUUUAUACCAAAACCAGGUUAUUUAUCAGAAGAUAAACAUGCAUUUAAAUCUGCUAGAUGUCGAUCGAAUUCUAAUGCUAUUGCUGUUCAUUGUUAUGGAGAAUAUCCGGCUGAUGCUGAUAGUAUUAAGAAUAUAACUUAUAUAUCAGAAAAUGGCUAUGAUAAUAAUUGUGGUUCACUUGAAACUAAAUGGUUUCCUUAUGAGGGUAAAAAAGAACGUCAAGAUAUAUAUCAAGCACCAUAUAUAUGGGUACAAUUUAAUGAAGUUAAACCAAAUGUAUUAAUCAAUGUUAUGUGUCGAAUAUUUGGUGCAAAUAUUAAUUUUGAUCGAAAAUCAUCUCGAGCUCUAACACGUUUUCAAAUAUAUGUGAAAAAUAUACCAAAAAGUAAAUUAUCAGGUGAAAUAUGA